UUAAACAAGGUUUGCCGACGGGGUAGAGAGCAUCCCGAGCAAUAAUAAUACCCAAUUUCUGAUCUUCAAUUAACAACUGAGAGACCAAAGCCAAAGCCAGCCGAGGGAGGAGAUAUCAGCUGAAGAGAGCAAUACCCAAUUUCCAUGGAUUCCGCCCUUCUCCUCUCAUCAUCCCUUUUCUGCUUACUUUUUCUGUUCCUGGAUCUUGCCGAUUGUACAGCAUUGAAGACCGGUUCUUCCUACGCCACAUUUGACCCUACCCGUGUCUCCCAAAUCUCUUGGCAUCCCAGGGCUUUUAUUCACAAGAAUUUCCUCUCCGAUGAGGAAUGUGAUCACCUCAUCCGUCUGGCCAAGGAUAAGCUAGAGAAGUCAAUGGUGGCUGACAAUGAAUCGGGUAAAAGUAUAAUGAGUGAAGUCAGGACAAGCUCCGGCAUGUUUCUUAGGAAGGCCCAGGAUGAAGUUGUGGCUGGUAUUGAGGCUAGAUUAGCUGCUUGGAGUUUUCUUCCAGAAGAAAAUGGGGAAGCAAUUCAGAUAUUGCAUUACCAGCACGGCGAGAAGUAUGAACCACAUUAUGACUAUUUUCACGACAAAGCCAAUCAACAGCUUGGCGGGCAUCGUGUAGUCACUGUACUGAUGUACCUAUCUAAUGUUGAAAAGGGUGGAGAAACAGUCUUCCCAAAUUCAGAUCUUAAAGAUGCUCAACCAAAGUCUGGAAACUUGUCUGAUUGUGCCAAAAGAGGCUACUCGGUGAAACCUUAUAAAGGGGAUGCUUUGCUAUUCUUCAGUCUUCAUCCUGAUGCGACUACAGACAAUAUGAGUUUACAUGGAAGCUGCCCGGUUAUUGAGGGGGAGAAGUGGUCGGCUACUAAAUGGAUCCAUGUGAGAUCUUUUGAGAAAGCGGUGAAAAGUGGUGCUCCGGGUGAAUGCAGCGAUGAGGAUUCGAAUUGUCGGAGAUGGGCUGCAACUGGGGAGUGUGAAAAGAAUCCCAUUUAUAUGGUUGGAUCACCAGAUUCUCCUGGCUAUUGUAGGAAGAGCUGUAAGGUUUGCUCUUCCAACUCCUCAUAGAUAUGGACUUUCACAUCUUACUGUAUAUAAUAACAACAUCAACCAGACUUUCGCCUUUUUGGUAAUUUGUUGAAAAAUGGCUUGUAUUCGAAUUUCGAAAGAAGAACUAGAUAAAUAGACACAUGUUUUUUUUAUUGA